AUGGCGGCGGGGGGCGGCGGCGGCGGCCGGGGGGGCAGCGCCCCGCGCUGGGGCGGCGGCGGCGGCCGGGCCGCAGCACAGGAGAAGCUGCCGGUGCAUGUGGAGGAUGCUCUUUCCUACCUGGACCAGGUGAAGAUCCGCUUUGGCAGUGACCCCGCCACCUACAAUGGCUUUUUGGAGAUCAUGAAAGAGUUUAAGAGCCAGAGCAUUGACACACCCGGAGUAAUCCGACGUGUUUCACAGCUCUUCCACGAGCAUCCCGACCUCAUCGUAGGAUUCAAUGCUUUCCUUCCUCUGGGCUACAGGAUAGAAAUUCCAAAGAAUGGGAAGUUAAGUAUCCAGUCACCUUUGAACAGCCAGGUGCCCUCCGAGCCAGUUCCCAGUGCUCUCCCUGGCAGUGGGCUGCUGUUGCAUUACUCCCAGGAGAAUUCACACAACCACAGUGACUGUUCCGAGGAGUUUAGGCAGCAGCUCUCAUACAAAGAUGAUAAAUCCCAAAUUCCUUUGGAGUCUGAUUCCGUGGAGUUCAAUAAUGCCAUCAGCUAUGUGAACAAGAUCAAAACACGCUUCCUUGACCAUCCAGAAAUUUACAGAUCCUUCUUGGAAAUUCUCCAUACUUACCAGAAGGAACAGCUGAACACUAAAGGCCGACCCUUCCGCGGCAUGUCAGAGGAAGAAGUUUUUACUGAAGUGGCAAAUCUCUUCAGGGGACAGGAGGAUCUGCUUUCUGAGUUUGGACAGUUCCUCCCAGAGGCUAAAAGGUCCUUGUUCACAGGAAAUGGACCCUGUGAAGUGAACAGCGUCCAGAAAACUGAGCAUGAGAAGAAUCUGGAACACAGCAAGAAGCGAUCAAGACCACUGCUGCUGCGUCCUGUUUCUGGACCAGCAAAGAAGAAAAUGAAACUGAGAGGUACCAAAGAUCUGUCAGUAGCAACAGUGGGAAAAUAUGGGACACUGCAAGAGUUUUCCUUCUUUGACAAGGUGCGCAGGGUGCUAAAGAGUCAGGAAGUCUAUGAGAAUUUCCUCCGUUGCAUUGCUCUCUUCAACCAGGAGUUGGUCUCUGGCUCUGAGUUACUCCAGCUAGUGACACCAUUUUUAGGGAAAUUCCCAGAACUCUUUGCACAGUUCAAGUCCUUUCUUGGUGUGAAAGAGCUUUCCUUUGCUUCUCCAUUGAGCGACCGAUCUGGGGAUGGAAUGAGUCGGGAAAUUGAUUACGCAUCCUGCAAGCGCAUAGGGUCCAGUUACCGAGCUCUCCCCAAAACCUACCAGCAGCCAAAGUGCAGUGGAAGGACAGCCAUCUGCAAGGAGGUGUUGAAUGAUACUUGGGUUUCAUUUCCAUCUUGGUCUGAAGACUCCACUUUUGUCAGCUCCAAGAAGACCCCUUAUGAGGAGCAGCUGCACCGUUGUGAAGAUGAACGUUUUGAGUUGGAUGUUGUCUUGGAGACCAAUUUAGCCACAAUACGUGUGCUGGAGAGUGUGCAGAAAAAGCUCUCUAGGCUGACUCAGGAAGACCAGGAGAAAUUCCGUCUGGAUGACUGCUUGGGAGGGACGUCAGAAGUGAUCCAGCGCAGGGCAAUCUACCGCAUCUAUGGGGACAAAGCACCAGAGAUCAUCGAAAGUCUUAAGAAGAACCCAGUUACUGCAGUUCCUGUUGUCCUGAAGAGAUUGAAAGCUAAGGAGGAGGAAUGGAGGGAAGCCCAGCAGGGCUUCAACAAAAUCUGGCGAGAGCAGUAUGAGAAAGCCUAUCUGAAGUCCCUUGACCACCAGGCUGUCAACUUCAAACAGAAUGACACCAAAGCUUUGCGCUCCAAGAGCUUGCUGAAUGAAAUUGAGAGUGUCUAUGAUGAGCAUCAGGAGCAGCAUUCAGAGGGGAGAAGUUCAUCCACAAACGAGCCUCAUCUUAUCUUCAUCUAUGAGGACAAGCAGAUUUUGGAAGAUGCAGCAUCUCUCAUCAGCUACUAUGUAAAAAGGCAGCCCACUAUCCAAAAGGAGGAUCAGGCCACCAUCAGGCAGAUCGUGCACCACUUCAUACCUGAGCUGUUCUUCUCUCAGCCCCCCGAGCACAGCAUUUCUGAAGAGUCAACAGAUGAGGACAGAGAAAACCAUCAUGGGCAGAACCUGGAUGCUCCUGAGCUACGGAAAAAACAUGUGCCUGUGCCUCCAAGCAGUCCUUUGGAGGCCAAAACAACCUUCUGUGAUGUGACAGCUGCAGAGCCCCACAACACUCUGGAUGAUGUCUACAGCCUGUUCUUUGUCAAUAACAAUUGGUACUUCUUCCUCCGCCUUCACCAGACUCUGUGCUCGAGGCUCCUAAAGAUUUAUCGCCAGGCUCAGAAGCAGCUUCUAGAAUAUCGGACUGAAAAGGAGAGAGAGAAACUCCUGUGUGAAGGAAGGAAGGAAAAAAACAACGAUCCAGCCAUGGAACUGAGGCUGAAGCAGCCAAGUGAGGUGGAGCUGGAGGAGUACUAUCCUGCCUUCCUGGACAUGGUGAGGAGUCUGCUGGAUGGGAACAUUGACCCAACGCAGUACGAGGACACCCUGAGGGAGAUGUUCACCAUCCAUGCCUAUAUUGGCUUUACUAUGGACAAGCUGGUGCAGAACAUUGUCCGCCAGCUUCACCACCUAGUGAGUGAUGACAUCUGCUUGAAGGUCGUUGAGCUCUACCUGAACGAAAGGAAGCGAGGUGCUGCUGGAGGCAACCUGUCCUCCAGGUGCGUCCGCGCGGCGAAGGAGACCAGCUAUCAGUGGAAGGCUGAACGCUGCAUGGCAGAUGAAAACUGUUUCAAGGUCAUGUUCCUUCAGCGGAAGGGCCAAGUGAUCAUGACCAUUGAGCUGCUGGAUACAGAAGAAACCCAGACAGAAGACCCCAUGGAGGUCCAGCACCUGGCUAACUACAUGGAGCAGUAUGUUGGGGUGGAAGGAGCUGCAAGUAGCCAGAACGAGGGGUUCUUGCUGAAGCCAGUCUUCCUGCAAAGAAACCUGAAGAAGUUUCGCAAGUGGCAGUGUAAGCAAGUGAGGGCUCUGCGCAGUGAGGUGAAGAGCUCCUGGAAGAGGCUGAUCGGGGUGGAAAGUGCCUGCAACAUGGACUGCCGCUUCAAGCUCAACACCCACAAGAUGAUGUACAUCAUGAACUCGGAGGAUUACAUGUACCGGCGGGGAGCUCUCUGCAGGGCCAAGCAGGUGCAGCCAAUGGUACUGCUGAAGCACCACCAGCAGUUCGAAGAGUGGCACAAUAGGUGGCUAGAAGAGAAUGUGACCAUGGAGGCAGUGGACGUAGUCCAAGACUGGCUGAUGGGGGAUGAAGAUGAGGAGAUGGUGCCCUGUAAAACCACUUGUGAGACAGUGAAUGUCCACGGGGUCCCAGUGAACAGAUACCGAGUUCAGUACAGCCGCCGCCCAGCCUCACCCUGAGCACAGACUUGUUCCUGCGACUGAGACAAGCGAUGAGACAUGUACCGAGGAGAGCGGUGGGAAUGCAGUGUGUCAGUUACUGAUAUUUAUCCAAACAGCAUUUUACUUGGAUUAUGAUGUAUUUUCCAUAUGGCAUAGACUUGUCUUCUUGCAGUGUAAUCCUCCAGCCAUCACAAAGAGACUUUUAAAAGCUUAAUAGGAAGAGGACUCUCAGCGUGGCCACAAACCCUGUGGCAGUUUCCUAGCUCCAGGCCACUGCUGACCAGCCAAUGCUGCAAGGCUGAAUGAGGGGCUCUGGGCAAGCUACCUCUGCUGGCUUUGUUGGAGAGAUGGAGCUAGGCUGAUGUUUGAGCAGAUGCUGGCAGCUGCUUCCACUUUGAAGGUUUAAUGGGUGUUCCUCUCUUGCUGAAUUUAUGCCAUCUUGCAGCCUGCAGAGCUCUUCAGUGUCACCUCUGAACACCAGUGGAGCGAGUGGCUUCGUCCUCCCUGCACUACCGAGGCUACAAGCACAGUGCUUGCUGCUGCUGCUCUGGUGAGGAAAUGCCAAAACUGAGACGAGGGUGAAGGGCCUACCAAGUGCUCUGGUUCUCACUCCUCGGCAGAGUAUUUCUGGAGCAUCAGCUAAGGGUAUGAAACUCUGAGCUGCAGUUUGUGUUACAAGGCAGCCCAGGCCUGUCAGCCCUCCCUCUGCGGUCGUGCCUGGGACUCUAUCUUGCUGCUUUGUGAACUUGGGACCUGCUGCUGACUCUGCCUUCUCAGACCUGGAGCUGCUCGCAGCGUGUGCCUGGGGAGGAGUAUCCAUUGCGAGAUCUGGCUCUGUUUUGUGUGUGUGUGUGUGUGGUGUUGUAUUUUGCAUGCUGAUGGGCAGCCUCCGUAGACUGCGUGCCCAGGCGCUUCGUUGUCCUGCAAGCCCGGCGCCGGCAGCGCUGCAGGAGCAGCAGCAGAUGGCGCUCCGGCGGCACGCCCGAGCCCGCCUUUGGCCCGGCUGCUUCCUGCUGAGUCAGCACAGCUGCUGCCUUCGCAGUGACACACAUGGAAACCUGUAACGGGCAGGAGCUUUUCCACUGAACCCUCUCUGCUUCCAGCUAAGCUUCCUCGCAAUGGAACCUAACAAAUCUCUGCCCUGAGCCACGCAGAUCUCACCUCCCUUGUGACUCAAUCUACUGGAAAAUCAAGAAGACUUUGUUGUUUGUCAUCAAUCCCUCUGUGGCUUCACUCUUGCUUUUGAGGGGCCAAAGGCAAGCACACUGUCCAUGGAGUGUAUUACAAAUACAAUGUCUUGAGGCAGGUCUAGUGUCCUCUCAGCUCUGGUUGCAGCUUUUUCCUGGCUUUUGGGGGAAUACCCCCCCCCGACCUCCAUAUUUUCUGUGGCUUUGAACUCUCAGUUAUAAUUUCUGCCAGACCGAAGUAGUAGCCUGCAGGAUUUGUCCUGGGUUAUUUCCACUGUACAACACUGGUUCUGCAAUUGUCUCUCUUGACAGCAGAAAAAAAUUGGCCUUUGGGGUACAUUUAAUAGAAAACUGUACUGACUCUUUGUCUUUUGUGCAAAAUAAUCUGUAGGAGGGAAGGAGGGUGGCCAGUCUCUGGCAUUUGUGGCCACUUGCACAACUACUGCCAGCAGAGGACUUCAUCAGAAGCUCAUGUUCUUGUUGGCUGCUAAAGUUUAGUUACUGAAAUGGUCUGAAGGUUCUUCCCCUUCCCUUGUUGCAGGGAUAAAAGACACAACAGAGCUCUGAGGGGAUGGCUGGAGGAGCAGGGGGAUGAGCCAGUGCGAAGCACAGUAUCCUCUUUUUGCUUCCCGACAGCUCAUCGAAGUACACCUCAGUCAUGUUCACCUCUGCUGUAUUCCAGUGGAGAUGACAACUGUGCCAAAUUUUAUGGGUUUAUGAUACAGACAAAUGUUUACUAGGAAAUAGGUUGCAACUUGUGGCUUAAAAUGCAUUUGAUUUCACGUGUCCCGAGGUGCAGGAGGGUCACAGCCCGUGCCCCGUCCUGUUCCACCUCCUCAUUUUUAAGUGUACUUCAGGUAUUUUUAAGCAUCCUUAUUUUGUAAACCUUAAUUUAUGAUCUGAAUGGCUUAAAUAAGACUUUUGCCCUUGCCAGUGCUCUUGUCUCCAAAGGGAUAGCAGCAAGUGAUGUGAAUGGAGUCAGCAGGCAGUGCAGGCUUGAGGGGCUUGCUAAUGGCUGAGAGUUUAAGCUCGACCUCUGUGUCUCUGCUAGCAGGACCCUGAUUCAAGAGUUUGCUCUUCCAUUUUUUGAAGGAUCUUUGCUUUUGGGCUUGUAAUUGCUUUGCCAGCUCUUUGAAUGUAGUUUUUUUUAAUAUUUAUUUGCACAUUCAAGUAAAAUAAAAUAUUGGUUUUAAAAGUCCAAA